UUGAUUCCAAAAGAUCUUUUUUACACCAAAAUUGUCACUGUACCUUCUAAGCUCUUGUCACGCACCCCAUCAAGGGUGUAAAUAACAACUUUUCAAAUGUAUUUUGGAUGUCUGGGCCUCCAUAGACUUUGAUUACACCAGACUUUUUUUUUGGUCACAUUUUAAAACAAGUCCCCAUCCACUUCAGUUGUUUUGGAGAAUGUUGCAAUGCUAUCUAUCAGUACGGAGGAUGUGGUUACCUGUUAGAUGAUGGAGGACAAGAACAGACACGAGAUGGAGGAGAGUGAGGUGGAUGUUCAAAUCAGACCAAGCAGACCUCAGCCACAGGCCAACAACAACAGACCAAACUGGUCGAAUGGUCAGUGUGUUCUGUCGGUGCCGAGCUGCUCAGCACUGAACCCCAGCUUCGAUCUGUCUCUGUGCCGGGCCAAACUGGAGGAUGUCGGCUUCCAGAUUCCAUUCAGAGACAUGGAGGCCCCGCUGAAGGCAGCGCUGGACGUCCCCUCAGUCAGGAGAUACAUGGUCUUCAACUCGGCCCUCUUUAAUUUUAUACUAGCACCGGUGCUGUACAUGGUGGUGUGGUGCGCCGUGUUCUCCACCCUCCACCUCUACAUCACCGUCACUGACUACUGGGUCCUCUGUCUCACUGUCAGUCUGGUCUCCAUCUUCCUCACCACCGCCGUCAUCUUCAUUCUCCACCACAGUAACAAGACGCUAAACAUGAACUUAGACGUUCGGUUGAUCCAGGUGAACGAGAGGAUGGUGAAGCACAAGCUGCUGGUGGCCGUGGCCGACUGGGUUCAGAACUGCAACGGAAACAUGCAGCUGUAUUUCGUGCACUGGGACAUGUCCCGCUGUCUGAGGGCGCUGACUGAAACUCUAGAGGAGCACAGCUUUGUGGCCAAUGACAUCCAGAAAAAACUGAAGAAGAAAAUGUCCCACCUCGUCCUCGUGACAGAGGUGGUGGCUGCCGACCCCGAGGUCGUGGGGUCGGAUGUGGAGGAGGGCCCGGAUGAACAGAGGCCCCUGCUGAGAAAUGAGGAGACGAGCAGCGGUACCUCCACCAGCAGGCGGCAGGACGCGCGGGUCACCACCAGCUACAGCCUCAUCCCUGACGCAUCGUUACCUGCACAGGCGAAAGCCCACCAGCUUCUGAUGACUUACAGCGCGGCUUACGUGAAGCUGCUGGUGUCUGAGCAGCUGUCAGGACCGACGCACCACCGCCUCCGUUCCCAGAGGAACCACUGCACCACCGCCCCCCUCUGCCUCUGCCAGUACAUCAAGAAGAAGAUCCUUCAAUAACAGAGCUGUCAAAACCGGGACGCGGCUGGGACUAGACUUUUGCUUUCUAUUUCAUUCUGUGAACAGAUGAACUGACAUUUAGAAAGGAAACACGGAUUAGGCUCCAUGUCCGAGAGCACAUUUGGAGCUUCAGGCUCUGUAUCUGAGCUCGUUGCUCCGGCCUGCAGGCCGCUGUGACUCUGUGCCAGCUCCGUGUUUGUAGCACCUGGAUCCUGCGUCCGUUUGGUCCCAACAACGUCUGCACCCUGCCAAAUGUUGUCACACUGAGAACACACUGAGCGCCAUUCCAGCUGCUGUAAAACAAUGUUUGUACUCUUGUAAACAAUUACGACGUCGUUAAUCACUGCUGUUUAAAUUAUUUGCACGAAUAAAAAAAAAAUAUAUUGAG